UGUAGACGAAGGAAAUGGAGUCCCCUCUUUCUCCCGAACCCACUCCCCACUUUCCAGUUCCUCUGCCCAGCACUCCCAUCCAGUACGAUCACCGCCCAGUUCAAAGAACUCAGCUUCAGACCGAUCGUUGCUUCGGAUGUAAUCAAGCAGGUCAUUGGAUCCGCAACUGCCCUCUCAAGAACAAAUCUCGCUCACAGAACGCUCAAAAUUCAAAUUUCCCACAGAUUUAUUGCCGUUGCGGUCAUGGGCUUUGCGAGGUCCGAACGGCCAACAAUGAUCGGAACUUUGGUCGGAGCUACUUCGUCUGCCCCGUCAAGAGAGGCAAAAGAUGCGGGGAUUUUUUUGUUAAAUGGUGUGAUGAUCCUAUUGAUGACAACGAUUUACGUCCUCCUCUGUGUAAAUACCCUACGUGUUCUUGUGGUGCCGGUGUGUGUAGGAGAAUAAAAGCGACCAGUGGUUCUUAUAAGGGGCGUUAUUUUUUUUCCUGCCCCAUUGAACAGGGUUAUGGAGCUUGCAGUUAUUUGGUGUGGGAGGAUACACUGUCGGUUAUUCCAAAUGUUGAAGAUCUGGAUGCAGACGUCACUCCAAAUUUUGGCGUCCUUCAGAAUAUGGACAUCGAUAUUGACACUGACAUUACUCCAACUAUUGAUGACCCUCAGGAUACAGACAUUCCAGAUAUUGAUGAUUCUGAGGAUAUGGACAAGAAAAUUUCACUGUCACGGGAAUCUCUUAUGCAGAAUGCGCAGUCAGUACUGCAUCCAUUAAAAUCUUCCACGAUCCACGAUCCCUCUUCUGAAAAGCACAUCCAGCACCAUGAAGAGGAAACGGUCAGUUUUGCUAACAUUUCUGACAACUGCAUCAAACCUGAGGACGCUUAUGUCGAGGCCAAGGCCGCAUUUGAAGCAUCUAAGCUGCGUCGUCAAUCCCUUCAAGAGGAGGCCUCUCGACUCAAGAUAAUGCUGCAGAAAGUAGAAGGUGAAAUAAUCUCAUGCGAGCUCGAGAUCAAGGUGACCGAGACUCGUCUGGGUGAGAUUGAAGCAAGUAUGAUCGGGGCCUGAACAAGCCAUAGGGACAGUAUCUUGAUAAGCAGGCACUGCAACAACUGGUGGAAUCCUAACAUAUCAGGGAAAUGUUGCUCUAUAUCUAUGUAUGUUGUACAAGUAAUAAUGAACUGUUCUAUAUCUAUGUAUGUUGUACAAGUAACUAAUGAAAAUUAUGUCAUCGGUGGUUCAACAAAGCAAAGCAAAAAAAAAAAAAAAAGAACUUGUGCGUCUAACUGGAAAGCUGUAAAUUAUGUGUGUUAGUAAAGAAUCAAGUUGUAAACUGUAAUGUAUAACUGCAGUUGCUGUAAA